UCACAAGAUCUUUGCGCGUCGUUGGCUUUGCGAUCCGGGAUUCCGCACCAGUACAGCCCAUCAAGCGAGGGAACCUUGCGAUGCCAUGGAGGGGCCGUUUGCCUACACUAAGGGGCAAAUUGGUGCCAAGGGUUGCGCUUAAUUUCAACCGCCGUAUACUGCCCCAAUGAAUGGGAGUCGCUACGGGCUGAAAGCAGCACAACCCACGUCAUGUCCAUCCUUGUCCGCAGGGCAUCGGGGAGGCUCAGGGCGAGCGGGAUCACACCGCAGCUGGCUAAGAUCGCGGGCCCAGCACCCGAGACUGUCACAAUGUCCCUCGAGCAACAACCGCAGAACGCCGAGCCUUCGCUGCGCCAUGUGUCCAACCUGGAAGACCUCAAGCCCGACGGGCCCGAGACCAUCGACUGCCCUUCGUGCCACCAGCGCGCACAGACGACCGUCAAGGGCCGCACCGAUGGCAUGAAGACGUUUAUGAACGUGUUUUGGUGGCCGCUGCCGGACCGGAAGCAUUGGUGGGAGGAGACCAAGUGGUACUGCGAGAACUGCAAGGUCCAGGUUGCGAGUCAGAAGCACGGGAAGAACAUCCAGGUCCUAGUUUGAGGUGGCAGAGUGAUGGAAAAUGAGCCGAGCGAAUGGUCUGGUGUGGGGGAGCUGGGGCAGCUUGGAGUCUUGUAGCGUCAUGAUACC